UCCCGGCCUUGACGGCACAACCGUCCUCUCUCCUUCCUCUAUCUACUCUCUCAGAUCCUCUCUCACAACCACCAUUUUAUGUAUUUUGCCACAUACGUGGGUUCGAUCCUCCAAGGCCGGUUAUAGAUCAUCAACAACCGCACGCCAACCUCUCCUUCCUCUAUCUCUAUCACAUUAGGAUCAUACUCUCCGAUCUCAAAAUCAUCCGCCAUCGUUCCAUUCUCAUCAAAGAAGAUUCAGGAAAUAUUGGACAAGCAAAAUGCUGUUGUUGAUGCUGACAUGAAUAAUAAGGGGAAAGGGCAUUUGAAGUACCUUCUAUAUCAAACGGAAAUAUUUGCCCAUUUUGGUAAGGGUGAACAUUCUGCCUCCCAGAAGGCAAAGGGCAGGGGCCGACAUGCAUCAAAGGUGACCGAAGAAGAGGAAGAUGAGGAAUACCUGAAAGAGGAAGAAGCAGGAGCUUCUAGUACAAGGCUGGUCACACAGCCUUCUUGUAUUCAGGGAAAGAUGAGGGACUACCAGCUUGCUGGAUUGAACUGGCUCAUACGGCUCUAUGAGAAUGGUAUCAAUGGAAUCCUUGCUGAUGAAAUGGUAUGCAGUACAUGUUCGCCGUUUAUAAUCUUUGGAUGUUUGCACUCUUGUCUCAAGUGUUUGUACUCUAACAAUCAUAGUGCCCAAAAGGAUAUUGAUGUAGUGUCUUUAUUUCUUUGCAAACAAUCUCCCUGUAGGGCUAUCUUCAUGAAUUUAGAGGAAUUCCUGGGCCUCACAUGGUUGUUGCUCCUAAAUCGACCCUCUGCAACUUUGUAA